AUGCCGCAAUCUAGUCACUCCGACAAGUCAAGCUCGGGGCACACUUGCGAUUGUCCAAACGGGGCCUCCAAUACCCCCCGGAGGGUCUCGACCUGGACUCUCCUUUCCAUGUUCGUCAAUCAAAGCUCCAGCUCAUCCAACUCCAGUGCCCGUCAAGGCAGUCAGUCUUCCAGGCCCAACAGCCCCCACAGCUCCAGCUCCCGUCAGUCCAGCCGCCGCAGGAGCACAGCUGGCUUCGACGAAUCCAGCUCCCGUCCCCACUUCCGAACCCACCGACGCACCCCCGUAUACACGUACGAUAAGCCCGACUCGAAGCGCUCGAAGCGCAGCCGCUACUACGACUCGACUACCGUCUUUGAAGGGGACACGCGGUGGUACCUCAGCCUGUUCAACACCGACUCGAAGCACCGUCGGGUCUGGUACGUCUUCUUCCCGACCUCGGGCAAGCCCACCGACGCGGAGCUGGUCGCGCACCUCCAGGCCUGCGCUGCGCAGGUCACGGAUCCAAUCAAGGCUCUCGAAGACUCCUACGAGGCCACCGGCAGCGGCGUGUGGGUCGAGUUCGCCACGCCGUGUUUCAGCACCCCGGACGAGGCCUUGCGGAGCUUGAUAUCGGCGCUCGAGGGCCUGGCGCAGGGUGUGGCCAAGGGAGGUCGGCUGCCGAUUGAUGCGGGUCCGAUCACAGGCUAA